GUUUAAGACCAUAGUCUUAAAAGGUUCAAAUGGAAAAAUACAGCUUUCAUGUCAAAGUCACCAGUGUGACGGCAUGAAGAACAAAGGCAAAAAGUCUUUCUGUCUUUGAGCAGCACAAGCAACAUGUCAUCGCUGCCGAGGCUGAACUCAGUCAGACAGUCAUUUUAAAUUUCUUAAAAUAUACUGAGUUAUGUUUGUUUUCUUCUAAAUUAGACAAAAAGUAGUCAGAUCUAGCACAAGUGCAAGUGUGCUCAUUAUAACAUGGUGUCAUACUGUUUUCUUAACCUUCUUUAAGCGAAAAGGAGCAACUCUAUUUAAAAUGCUAGAAAAGAGAGAGUCCAUAGUUUCUGUUACAUCAUCAAGUUGUUCUGAGGUUUUGGAUAUGCUAAGGAAUUUGGAUACAUCAGGAAGAUAACUUAAAAAGCAGUCUUUUGUGGUAGAAGUGAUGGUUCUUCCAUACUUGUAACAAGAAGUAGAAUUUACAAUUUUUGCUAUAUGAAGUUUGCACAGAACUAAAUAAUGAUCUCAGAUAUCAUCAAUUGGCUGCAUAAUUUCAACACUAUCAACAUAAAUUCCAUGUGACAGUAUUAAAUCUAGAGUAUGAUUUCGACAAUGAGUAGGUCCUGAAACGUGUUGUCUAACCCCAAUAGAGUUCAGAAUAUCUAUAAAUGCUGAUCCCAAUGCAUCUUUUUCAAUAUCAACAUGGAUAUUAAAAUAAGCAACUAUUAAAACUUUAUCUGCAGCCAGAACUAACUCGGAUGUAAAAUCAACAAACUCUUUAAUAAAGUCUGUAUCGUGCCCUGGUGGCCUGUAUACAGUAGCCAGUACAAACAUAACAUUUGUUUCUCUGGAUAAUGUUAUAUGUAGCACCAUUACUUCAAAUGAGUUAUACUUGAAGCCUGCCUUAUGAGAAAUUCUGAAAACGUUGUUAUAAAUUGAAGCAACACCUCCACCUUUGCCUUUUAGACAUGGUUUGUGUUAAUAACAGUAAUCUUGGGGGGUGGACUCAUUUAAAAUAAUGUUAUCAUCAGGUUUUAGCCAAGUUUCUGUCAAACAGAGCACAUCUAUAUUAUGAUCAGUUAUCAUAUUAUUUACAAAAAGUGCUUUCGUAGAAAGAGAUCUGAUAUUUAGUAAGCCAAGCUUUAUAGUUUGUUUAUCCGUAUCGCAUCUGUUUUUUAUUUGUUGAACCUCAAAUAAAUUAUUACUCAUAAAUUGGUUAGGACAUUUUUUGUAUUUGUACAGGCAGUCUAUAGUGUGAUAUCUAGGUAAAGAGUCUCUGCGAAUUAAUUGACUUCUGUGUCUUAAGGCUGCUUGCCGGUUUUCGAGUACCAUUAAGACAUCCAGCCAUUGAGUGAUGACAAUCUGCUAUGCAUCCCAUCACCAUGAUUCUGUAUGCUGUAUGGAUCCACCAGACAUCAUGUUGCCUGUGGAUGAUAUGAAGGGUUUUCGAGAACUUCUAAGGGAUUCUGUGGAGGACUUCAAUUUCCUCUUGGAGAAGGCGGCUCCACACAUCACAAAGAAGGACACCCACCAAAGAAAGGCCAUUAGCCCCAAAGACAGGCUUUCUGUCACACUACGUUUUUGGCAGCAGACACCAACAACUGAGUUAGAGUGGAAGGCCAUUUCCAAAGAUUUUGCUGACAAGUGGAACUUUCCACACUGCUUAGGGGCUGUGGAUGGCAAACACAUCUUCAUUCAACCCCCUGCCAAGACUGGAAGUUUGUUUUACAACUACAAGUCCAGAUUUUCCAUUAUACUAAUGGCAGUAGUUGAUGCCCAAUACAGGUUUGUGUAUGCAAGUGCAGGAACCCAGGGCAAAGUGUCUGAUGCUGGUGUUUUUGCCCAGUCUGACCUGAGAGAUGCUAUGGACGCUGGCCUACUGCAUGUCCCCCCUGAUGAUACCCUUCCCAACACUGAUGUCAUGAUGCCCUACAUGUUCAUCAGUGAAGAGGCCUAUCCACUGAAAACCAAUCUCAUGAAGCCCUACCGUUUUCGAAACCUGAGCACAAAUCAAAGGAUUUACAAUUACUGUCUUUCCAGGGCACGUCGUGUUGUUGAAAACGCCCAAAUCACAACCAUUUGCCUGAAUCCAGAGAAAGUUGUGACCAUUCUCUUUGUGUGUCUUUGCCUGCACAACUUUUUAGCAACCAGAGAUCUGAUGCCUAUGUACCACCUGCCUAUGUGGAUUAUGAGGAUGCCAACCAUCAGCUUAUUGAAGGGGCAUGGAGGAGAGAGGGAGCGCUACAGUCUGCAUCAACGGGAAGAGCAAGAAAUCCCUUUGUGGAAGCCAAGAAGCAACGAAACACACUUUGCCAAUACUUUGUUUCACCUGCAGGAAGUGUUUCAUGGCAAGAGGAUAUGGUGUAGUAACUGUAUUUGUUAUUACAAUAUAGAAUUACUUUGCAGUAAGAGAAAAUUGUGUAACCAAGUUGGAUGAUGGACAUGGUUUUUGAAAAAAAUAAAAUAUAUACUUCCUUUGAAAUGACACAAAUAGUCUUAAGAACAU